UUAGAAAGCCUGUUUUUGCAUUAUGAGAGAGCAUGACAUGAUGUUGAUGUUGAUGCAGAUGCGUGCUUUAUUUCAAUAUGUAUUAGCUUCCAUUAUAAAAUCUUUGUGAAAGAAUUUUUCAGUUUGGUUGCAAUUGAUCACUGUUUGUGUGUUUCCGCUGUUGGUCUCAGCACAAGAAGAGGACGAUGGCAAUCCUACAGCUCUUCAGAUUCAUCAACUCCUCUCUGCUCAUCAGCCAGCGGCCUCUGAACAUCUCACUGGCAGAGAAGACCGUGUUUGACAGCUGCGCAGAUAUGCCCGCUGUCCUCAUCUUUUAUUUGGUGCUGCAGUUCAUCAACACGUUCCUGGGCAUCCCAACCAACAUCAUGGUUCUGUGGCUCAUUCGUAAGAAUAAGGGUGACUCGUCUACCUCAGACAUCUUCAUCGUCCACUUGGCCAUGCUGGACACGUUCUUCUGCCUCAUUCCUCCGCUGGAGCUGGCCAGCUUCGUCUAUCUGACCACCAGCAGCACCUGGUACGUCCUGCACUUCUUCUACGGCAUCAAAGACUCGUCACCGCUUUUCCUGUCCUGCAUCUGUCUGGACAGAUAUAUGGCCGUCCUCCAUCCCAUCACCUUCAUCAAACUCAGAGACAAGCGGCAUCGCUCUGUCUGUGCUGGCGUCGUCUGGUUCAUCACUUUGGUCUAUGCUGCAGCGAAGUGUGUGGGAAACAUCCCUAACUUUGAGAAAGUGUUCACAGUCAUGAUCCUGACAGCAUUCGCAUUCAUGCUAUUUUGUAACAUCUCCAUUCUCUGGGCUCUGAGACAGUCGGCUCCAGGUCGAGAUGAGAGACAUCCAGUCAAGAAAAAAGCCUUUAAAAUGGUCCUCAUCAUCUUGGCCAUCAUUGUGUUUAACUACUUCCCGCCAGUGGCUCUCUUUCCCUUUCGAGAGUAUUUCUCUCCAGAUGUCUUCCACUGUUAUAUCCACUACAUCGCCUUUGGCUUCAUGGACAUCAGCAGCAGCGUCCAGCCAGUUCUGUAUCUGUCACGGGAGAAGCUGCCCAAAACCCUGCGCUGCUGCUCUAAAAACACUGAAUGUGCUGAUGAUGCCGUUUACACCGUCAGUCAGUGAGCGGCUGUUAUUGGACUGUUUCAUUUGAUGGAACAGAACUACUGCAUGCACAUAAUAAUGUACAUUUGUGACUUGUGUUUAUUCUAAACAGUGUGUAUCAAUGUGAUCAGAUUGUCACUCAUUCUGACAGGAAUCUGCAGCUGUUUUAUGCUUAAGCAUGUUCGAUGUAGGAGAAUUACUUGUAAAAUGUGAGUACCAACAUGCUGACAAGAGCAUAUUUUGUGCUGUGUUGUUUUAAGCAUAUUUACUUACAGUGGGUUAGUUUUUCAUUUAAUU